AUGAUUCGGAUCAUUCCAGCUUCGCCCGUCGGCCCUAACGCGCCUGCUACCAAGAACGCGCCUGCUACCAAGAACGCGCCUGCUACCAAGAACGCGCCUGCUACCAAGAACGCGCCUGCUACCAAGAACGCGCCUGCUACCAAGAACGCGCCUGCUACCAAGAACGCGCCUGCUACCAAGAACGCGCCUGCUACCAAGAACGCGCCUGCUACCAAGAACGCGCCUGCCAGGCGGAAACGCGCCUGCUACCAAGAACGCGACUUCCCUACCACGCCCUAUUACCCGCCAAAGGAUCUUCCUACUCACGCGCAUUCCCCCCGCCCCGCCGCUACCAAGAACGCCGCUACCUAG